AUGGCAUUUUCUGAGCAGCAAGACCAAAGUAAAGCUGGGAAAGGACAGAGAGGGUUCGAUCUUGGUAGUAUUGACGCUUUACCAAACGUUGAUCUCGCUGGUGGCAUAUUUGAAGCGCCCGGUGCAAUCUCCGAACCCCGAACUGGAAAAGAUAGCACCGGUGGAUCAAAAAAGUCUGGAGGUGGGAAGGGCGGCGGCGGCGGUGGCAGUAGUGAUCGUAAACUCAAAGAUACCGCAGGUGCUGGGGCUAUGAUUUUUAUCUUCCCCUUUGAAUCCGAUAUUGUCCGCCCUUGGUACUCUCGGUCACGCGAGGAUUAUUCGGUGGAGAUGUAUGGCAAUCUAUACUUAAGCGCCGCUGCGACUGCAGCAUUGCUUCUAUCCCAACCAUGUGCAGCCCGAGCGAACAUAAAACUUGCACCACCAGUCUGCUCUAAUAUCAUCUCCCACCAAAAAUGGGACUACAUCAUCGUCGGCUCCGGAGCCGGCGGCAUCCCACUAGCAGACCGUCUCUCAGAAGCCGGCCACACAGUCCUCCUUCUCGAGAAAGGCCCGCCGUCAACGGGCAUCUGGGGCGGGACCAUGAAGCCGCAAUGGCUGUCCAACGCAACCCUAACCCGCUUCGACGUGCCCGGGCUCGCAAACGAGAUCUGGCAUAACCCAAGCGGCGUAGUCUGCACGGACGUCGACCAAAUGGCCGGGUGCGUUCUCGGCGGCGGGGUCGCGGUUAACUCCGGGCUAUGGUGGAAGCCGCACCCCGACGACUGGGACCGUAGCUGGCCCGCGGGCUGGCACAGCGCGGAUGUAGCGGCCGCCACGGCGCGCGUGUUCGCGCGCAUCCCGGGGACUACGCACCCCAGCACGGACGGGAAACUGUAUCUGCAGCAGGGAUUCGAGGCGUUGACGGGGGGAUUGAAUAAAAGUGGUUGGAGCUUCAUUGUGCCGAACGAGCACCCUGAGAGGAAGGAUCGCACUUUUGGGCAUAGUACGCAUAUGUUCGCGAAUGGGGAGAGGGGGGGCCCGCUGGCGACGUAUUUGGUGGAUGCGAGUCGCAGAAGUGGGUUUGCGCUUUGGAUGAAUACGACGGCGAGGAGGGUUUUGAGGGUGGGGGGAAGAGCGACGGGGGUCGAGGUUGAGUGUUCGCGGAAUGCGGCGGGGCAUGUGGGUGUGGUUGAGGUUACGCCUGGGACGGGACGGGUGGUUUUGGCGGCGGGCGCGUUUGGGAGUGCGAAGUUGCUUUUUAGGAGUGGGAUUGGGCCAAAGGAUCAGCUGAAUGUUGUGAGGAAUUCGACGUUGGAUGCGGCGACGAUGAUUUCUGAGGACUCUUGGAUUAAUCUUCCCGUCGGGUAUAAUCUGAUCGACCAUGUCGGGACUGAUAUCGAGAUCGCCCAUCCUGAUGUUGUCUUCUACGAUUUCUAUGCGGCGUAUAGCAAACCGAUAUUGAGCGAUACGGAGAUAUAUUUGCGGAAUCGAACUGGGAUACUUGCGCAGGCGGCACCUAACCUAGGUCCCAUUUUUUGGGAAAUCAUUCCCGGCCCCGAUGGCAUUGAUCGACAUCUACACUGGCAAGCGCGAGUAGAAGGGACUAAGAACACGUCCAUGACUAUAACCCAAUAUCUUGGGACUGGGUCUACAUCGAGAGGACGCAUGGUGAUUACACCUCAACUUAACACCCGCGUAUCCGUCCCUCCUUACCUCCGCGAAGCUAACGACAAGGCGGCUGUUGUCGAGGGGCUCGAAAGAGUUCGCAAGUAUUUCGAGCCCAUCUCGAAUCUUACCUGGGUCCGUCCGAUGUCUAAUCAGACUUCGGCGCAGUUUGUCGACUCAAUACCCGCGGUUCCAGCAGUUCGAUGCUCAAAUCAUUGGGUCGGUACUGCGAAGAUGGGAACGGAUGAUGGCCGAGUUGAUAACGGCACAUCCGUCGUUGACACAAACACGAAGGUUUACGGGAUGGAUAACCUCUUCGUAGUUGAUGCAUCCAUCUUCCCCGGAAUGAUGACAGGAAACCCUUCUGCAAUGAUUGUGGCAGCGGCCGAACAUGCGGCUAAAAAGAUAUUGGCUCUUGAGUCUCCGAAGGCGAUUGCUGCAAAGUAG